UUAACAUCGGGAAGUCACAAAGGAAUAGGAGGGAUCAGGAUCGAAAUAAACUUGUGAGUAGACUCAAUCCAAAGCAAACCCUCCCAAGUUUUUUAUGGCGGCCUCUUCUUCUUCACUUUCUUCCUCGGACAUAUCCUCUCCUCACCGUCGCCGGCGUCAUCACCGCCACCGCCGAGACCGCGACAAGGACUCCCUCAAGAUCCGAAAGAAGACCAAGUCUCAGUCCCGCGGUAAACGGCGUCGUAGGCAUCACCACCACUCUUCCAAUUCCGAUUCGGAUUCCGAUUCUCAUUCAUCAUCUUCUGUCUCUGAUUACUCUAGAAGUGAGAGUUCUUCUGAUAGUGAGCGUGAAGCAUCUCACCGUUCAAAGAGGCACAAAAGGAGUGACAGGCCAAAGAAGAAUAAGGAAAAGGAUAGAAGUAAAAGCCACCAUCAUAAGCGGCAGAAGCAUAAAGUAAAAGAGAAGCAGCAUGAUGAGAGGAGAAGCAGCCCUGUGCAGCUUUCCAAGUUUUUAGGACGUGACAAAGAUGAUGAUGUCCGUCGGAGUGCUGUGUCUGGCAAGAAGAUUCUUCUGAAACUUGAAAAAUCGAAGGAAGAUAAAGUGGCCGAAAGCAAGAGAAAUGAACUACUGAACUUUUUAAACGCUAGUUUUGAUUAGUGGGGUACAAGCAAAUCUGCAAAGAACCAAAUUUACUUACAUGGAUGCAUAAAUUAUUCUUACAUUAUAAGAACCAGCAGCCUUCCAUUUCCUUGGGAAAGGGGAGGGGAGUAUAUCUUUAUAUUGUGCUUACCAUUUUCAGAUGAGGGAUUUUCGAACCAGCAAAUUCCUUACAUGGUAUUUUGAGAUUGGAGAAUCAUUGUGCUAUUUGGCAACAUAGUUUUUUCUUGUAUUGUUUAUUUGUUUUGGGCACAUGUGACUGAAUUAUUGAAAUUUGUUCCCCUCUUGGUUUUUC